UUGUAUUUUAGGUUUGCCAGGACUAAUGAAUUAAAAAUCUUGAACUCUCCACAGUUUGCUGCUUAAUAAUGCCUCUGACAGUAGGAUUUUUUUCUCUCUGAAGCAUGACAACAUCAUAAAUCUCAUAGCUGGAAAGGAAAGGAAGGGAGAGUGGAAUUGUGAAGAAAAGCGGAAAAGGGUGGUCUUGUGGGACAGCAAAGCCUAUGGGAAGUGCAGGUAGCAGCAUGUUGCCUUAACAGCUGUCUCAGCUUCUCAGACUCUUGUCAGUUGGUUGCUAUGUAGCAGGUGCAGCCUUUUCUUUUAUUGAAUCUUUACUCCAUAAAGGCAACGACAAGCCAAGGCAGUGGCUGGCCCUGGAUUAUACAAGUGCAGACUCUCUACUAAGUGAGCUGGAACACACAGAUAAACGCGUAGGCUCAAGUGCCCACAUGAUCACCACAGCAAGAGUACCUGCUGAUAAGCCAGUACGAAUUGCCUUCAGUCUAAAUGACUCUACAGAUGAUACUCCUCCUGAAAACAACUUUCCCUUGGCUUUUCCAGAAUUAGAACAGCAACUUCAGCCUCUGCCUCCUUGUCAUGACUCUAAGGAAUCUAUUGAGGUGUUCAAACAGCACUGCCAAAUAGCAGAAGAAUAUCAUGAAGUCAAAAAGGAAAUUGCACUGCUGGAAGAAAGAAAAAAGGAGCUGAUUGCCAGGCUGGAACAGGCGGAAAAGGAGAGUAUGGAUGCUGCUCAGCUGGCUAAGGAGUAUGCAGAACUGACAGAGGAGAAUCGGACAUUGAAGCUGGCUCAGGCGCAGUGUGCAGAGCAACUGGAAAAGCUUAGAAUACAGUACCAAAAGAGACAGGGUUCUUCAUAACUCUCAGCUAACCAAUAAGAGGCCGUCAAAUCCAGUGUUUGUUCUGUGCUGGCCAAGAAGUUUUAAAAAAAGGUUCUGUUGUAACACUUCACUAGAAAUACAGAAUAUGUAAAAGUCUAUAUUUGAUUUAAUGCUUGCCAGCCGGUAGCUUAAUAUAAUGGAUACUUUGUCCAUUAUAUAAUGGAUAUUUUAUUUCAAGUAACAUAAUUGAAGCUAAUCUAGCCCCAUUAUAUGUUCUAGUUCUAGUAGAUCAGGUUUCUUUUCUAAAGAUAUUUCUUCCAAUUUAAGAAGAUACGGACACGCUAGAAACUGGUAUAAAUAGUCUCUAUGUUGGGAGUUGGACCAUACUAAGACAUACAGCAGGGGCAGUGUUAAUAUAUGGAACACUGGAACACAAUCAUGUGCUUCUAAUUUUAGUUUAGUUUUCUUUUAUGUUUUUAUUUUUCAUGCCUAAUGAUUGGAAAUUGUCCUAAGUAUAAUCUGGCUCUGGCUCAAAACUAUAUUCCAGUUAUCUGGCAUGCUGAUAAUGUCAACUUUUGAUAGUUUCAUAAACUCAGAGAUUACACAUUUUUUAAAAAGAACUUUUGUUAAAAUAAACACAUUAUUUUAAUCAAAGAAUGAUAUUACCAGUAUUCAUUUUCAAGUUAUUGAAUUGUGAAGAAACAUAUGCAAAAGUUUUCUUUCCACCACCAUAAACUUUGCUAGAAAUUCUUUUUUUUAUUAAUUCAUUUGUACUUUUUGGCAUGCAGGAAAUGGAAAAGUAAUAUAUUGACCCUACAGAGGUGACUAAAUAAGACUUUAUGAUUGUUAAUGGAGAAUAUUUCAGUAAAAGUACCAUAAUUAUAUUUUGUUUUUAUUCUAUAGGCUGUUUUGGAACAUAAAUAACUGAGGGUAGGUACUAAGCAGUUCAGUGAUACAUGAAUAACUGGGAGUUAAAAUGUUUGUUUUCCUCACUGUACUUAUCACUGUAUUUUCCUAAAUCAAUUGAAAAUCCUUUGUUAUACUUCCAUUUCUAUUCAUACAGUAUUUUUUUCAUUAAAAGUGGUUAUACAAAAAAAACCCUAUUUUGUACCCUUCAGUUCCUUAACCUUUCCUGUAUUUUAAACUCUGCUCAACUGGUUAUAUGUUACGGUUUUGUGAAAUUAGAACUAAAUGUACACAUUUGAUGAUAAGGUUGCAAUUUAAAAAUUGAAAAUGUUAUGAAUUGAUAAUGGGGUGGCAAAUAGAUAGUUUCAGAGAUCCAAUCCCCCUACAACAUGGGUCAGCAUAUCUUUUACUGGGUCUAUACCUGGGCAAUUUCCUCUCUCCCUGGAACAGCAGAAAAACAAGGAGGAGAACCAUCUUUUUUCCUAGGAUGGUUAAGGGGCAUGUGAUAAUGUGCUGCCCUUUAUUUAGGGCACAUAAGAUUGUCCUGUUAUAUAGUACAUUUAAAUUCAGUGAAAAAAGGUAAGGCAGAAAAAUCUGAGGCCUUGAAGCCUUCAUUUCACACACAUUGUGGUUUGGGGUAGUCCAGGAAUGUGACCCUCCUAAACUAUAUUCUGAUCAGUAUGUAAAUUACAUGGAUCUUGGGAAAGGCUCAGAUGCCAAGAUAUUGUAAAUUCUCUGUUUCUUACUGCCCAUGAUACUGUGGUACGAUGGUCCUGCCCCUCUGGGAUAAAUCUAGAAUUAUUUGGAUAAAAUUCUUAUUCAAAGCUGAAGUCAACGGAAAGCUCCUUUGACUUCAAUUAAUUUGGAAUGUUUUAUUCCACUGAUCUGUUCUUUUUCCAUUUAGCAAAUGCUGCUUGUUCCACCCUUAUAUUCUUAAUUAUAGUGCACAAUCAAAAAUAGCUCUCUCUCUCUCUCUCUCUCUCUCUCUCUCUCUCUCUCUCUCUCUCUCAUAUAUAUAUAUAUAUAUAUAUAAUGGGUACUAGCAUGCACACACAUGUUCUUGAGAACAGCAGCUCAAAGAAAUGUUAUCACUAGCAAAAUGAGCAAAACCAAAAUAGAAAUAGUUGGAAGAGGAAAAAAUAAAUCAAGAAAAUACCAAAUAAAAAAAGGGGGAAGAAAACUAAAUAAUCAGACAAGUGAACAAAAUUAGAUCCACUGAACUUUGCAAAUCCAUUAAAAGGAAAAUGAAACUGCAAAAAUUUGUGGAUGACAAAGAGGCUACUCACAAUUUAUAAAGAAUGACUCAAAGUUAUCUUCUGAAAAGAAACUGUUUUUUUUAAUCAAUGGAUAUUUUAAAAAAUAUUAAAAGCAUGAUAUAAUAAACUUUUAUAUAUUCAGAAUAACUAUGUAGUCUUGACACCCUGUGUUUUUCUUAAAGCAACA